GAUUAACUCAACGAUAAAUGGAAGAGCAGGUCACCCAAAGAGACCGGCUAAGAUAGACUAUAUAUAUACAGACAUAGAUCCUAUAAUAAUAACGAGGAAAAAACGAGCGCACCAAACGGCUCCCGAACCGACCAGGUAAUCAUAUCAAAACGCCGUCAGAUCCGCAAUCGAGUGUCGAUCAAGUAAGACGACAUGCUCCGAAUCGCCCGUCCUCGGGUCGGAUUUUCAUCUCAAGUACGACCACAAUCACAAUCACAACCACGAUCCUCUAUUCUGCUGUCGAUUUCGGGGAAGUCGGUAGCGUCUACAAGGCGAACAAACUCGACAUCGUCAACACCCCCCGCUGGAGGUAGAAACCGAGAUCCUAAACUUAUCAGGAAUGCCGUACUCGCACUGACCGCUCUUGGGGGUGCGGCGGUCAGUCAUUUUUACCCGGAGUUGUUGGGGUUGUCUUCAGCCUCGCCUGAAGAGGCAGGGAAGGAUGGGGAGGGUGGGAAAGGGGAGUCUACGAGCAAGACUUUUACCACCCGGAUUAAAACACGCCGAGGGAUCGUCGAACAUGAACACGAACGUCUUUCCCCUCAAGCCGCGGAGAAGAUCCUCACGCAACACGCUCAGAGCCGCACUUUCCCUUCCAACUCUUCUGGUCCGACGACGAAACUGAAACCUAAACCUACCUCGGUCGUGAGGUUCGAUACGAACUACGUCGAGUGUAAUGAUCCGAUCGAGGAUCGGUCGGCGAGCGAUUACUUGGAACGGAGCAAGUUGUAUGCAGGAGGAGGAGUUCCUGAAGGCACGGACCCGGAUACGAAGGGGACGCAGAUGGAUUUGAAGGGGAUCAAGAUGUUUAGCAUCAUCGAUGGGCAUUCGGGAUGGGCGUGCGCUCAAUUGGUCUCGCAGACGUUGCAUCCGAUGAUCCUCCUCUCCCUGAGAAGCCUUUACGCUGGACAUCCUCCGCCGACUACUUUUACGCACAGGUUGGAGGGGAGGAAUAUGAGUGCUUCGGCGCAUUUGAUGGAGUACAUUUCUUCCCUGGGGUCCAAGUUGUCGGCGGUGGUCCCGUUCCUUGGUAAAGGUAACUCGACAUCGAAUGCCGGAGGAGCUGAAGUUAAUCCGACGACGAUGAGGGACUCGAUCAUCUCGGCUUUCCUCACCCUAGACGACCAGAUCAUCACCUCGGCCACCCGCCUUAUCCCCCACAUCCCCACCCAACCGGGCAAACCGAACUUACGCCCUAUCGUCCAGCCUAUGCUAGCACCCGCCGUCUCCGGGGCCUGUGCGAUCAACUUGUUGGUGGAUGAAGAGAGGGAAGAGGUCUAUGUGAGCAAUACGGGGGAUUGUAGGGCCGUCGCUGGGGUUUGGGUCGAGCCGAACCCCGAGGAGGGCAGAGAGGGAGGGUGGAGGUGUGAGGUUUUGAGCGAGGAUAUGAUGGGGGAUAAUCCGGCCGAGGUGGAGAGGUUACGGAGAGAACAUCCAGGCGAAGAUCCGAUUAAGCGUGGAAGGGUGCUGGGGAGGUUACAGCCGACGAGGACGUUUGGUGAUGCGCCGUUGUAUAAAUGGACUUCGGAAGAGUACACAGCUCUCAAAAAGAUUGCCCCAGAACAGACGCCCGUCAAGGACGACGAGCUUGCCCGGACUCCUCCUUAUGUCACGGCUAAACCGGACGUGACGUACAGGAAACUGACGAGGGGUAGCAAGGAGGGUGAUAUUCGGUUCAUCGUCAUGGCGACGGACGGACUCUGGGACGCCAUCUCGUCUGAAGAAUCAGUCGCCCUCGUCGCCUCGUUCCUGAGCAAACCUCCCGUCAAGUCCUUCCCCCGAGCGCAGAUCACCUCGAAACUCUUGCCCCAGACCGCCGAAUCGGCAGCUCGGUACCCCAAGAGCGAGAACCAGACUUCGGGAGAUUGGGUCUACCAGGACAAGAACGCUGCGACGCACUUGAUCAGGAACGCUUUGUCUACGGGGAACAAGACGGCUUAUGAGCUGUUGAGUAUGAAGGCGCCGAUCGCUAGGUGGAUGAGGGAUGAUAUUACGUGCUCGGUGGUCUUUUUCGGUGAACAACCCGGUAUCGAACCGGUUCCCGCCGAGGAAAAGUUAGGAACUGCCUCGCAAUUGGCUGCCCUACCCUUUCUGAUUGGAGGCUUGAUGGCGAGAAGACGGUCGCCAGCCGGGAUCGCCGCUUGCGCUCGUGCUCAUGCCGUCUCGAGCCGUACCGCAGUGUCACGGAGAUGGAUGAGCGCUCGACCCGUUGGUGAGGGUCUAUCAGCCGGUCCACGGAAAAAGAUGACCUUGGCGGCACUGAACGAGAUGCGUCAGAAGAACAUGCCUAUCACGGUCAUGACCGCGUACGACUACCCGACAGCGCUCCUCUCUCAUCGGUCCGCCGUUGACAUGUGUUUGGUGGGCGACUCGCUAUCACAAGUCGCACUGGGCCAUUCCACCACGACCGAAAUUACGCUGGACGAGAUGAUCCACCAUUGCAAGGCCGUGACGCGGGGAGCCAAGGCGCCGUUUGUGAUUGCCGACCUGCCUUUCGGAUCGUUUGAAAGGAGCGUCGAACAGGGUGUGGCGUCGGCCAUCCGGCUCGUCAAGGAGGGUGGCAUCGAAGGGGUCAAGAUCGAGGGAGGAGAGGAGAACGUGGCGCUCGUCAAGCGUCUCACCGAGAUUGGGAUCCCCGUCAUGCCCCAUCUCGGACUACAGCCGCAGAAGGCCACCUCGCUGUCUGGAUACAUGGUCCAGGCCAAGACGUCGGAUUCGGCCGAAAAGCUAUACGAAACGGCGGUGACGAUGCAACGGGCGGGCGCGUUUGCCUUGCUGCUCGAGGCCAUCCCGCAUCAGAUCGCCGCGUACAUUACCAAAAAGCUGCACAUUCCUACUAUCGGUAUCGGCGCGGGUCCGCAUACCUCGGGUCAGGUCUUGGUCGUCACCGACGUCCUCGGACUGUACCCGACGGAACACGACCCCGAGGCCGGUGAGGCUGCGGUGAAGGUGCCCAAGUUCGUUCGAAGGUUCGCCGAGUUGGGCAAGGAAUCGAGGCACGCAAUCGAGUCGUACGUGCAAGAGGUGCGACAGCGGACGUUUCCGGCCAUCGGCCCCGAGACGUAUCAGAUGAAAAAGGAUGAAUGGCAGGCUUUUUACGACAAGAUGGAGGGCAAGGCAUAGGCAUGUGACGACAACUAAAAUGUAUCGACCUUGUUUCCUAAUCGAUUUACAACACGAUUCGACUAUGCAUGGCAAUGAGCACAU